CAUCGUGGCCGCAGCCACAAUAGCCUUCCCCAACAUCUGAUUCUUUUUCAGCCCCCAUUUAAUCGCAAUUCCUUCCUCCCCUACCUCUGUCUAUGCAUCCUUGAGAGUCAUCAUAUCUUUGUAAUCGAUCAUCGAAUUAUCGGCUGGAUAUGAGAGAGGCUCUGUCGGCUCGCCCUUUGCCGCUUCGUCAUCCGGUCGUUCCACACUCGUUGUUGUGGCCGCCAACUUCCGCCUCGAUGGCGAAUCGUUUUGAACGCCUCGGCGACAUCGCUCUCAGAUAUUGAAGGUUGGAAGAAAUGGUAGUUAUUGGGGGUUUCCGGAAAACAAAAUUAAAAGUAGAAGCGCCUGGUAAGGCUUGAGGAAAUAAAGGGUCGUUCUCGUGAGAAUAUUGUUUUUUCUCGCAUGAAAACUAAAAAUUAUAACGGCGGAGAGGGGUCAUGGAUCGGAAUAAGGCGUGUUGACGUGGCUACUUCCAUGUUUUAGUGCGUAUAAUGUGAGGUUAAAUCUAAAAGUCUUUUAAAAAUUUUAAAGAUAAAGAUUAAGAAAAUGAAAAAGACACCAACAGUUGCGUGGAGAAGUUCACUGAGAAAGCCUUUAAUAGUAUUUAGAGAAGAUUUGUAGAUUUAAAAAAAAAAAACAUUCCCGGACGAGGUUUCAAGAUCAUAUAAAACAGUACUAUUCUUUAAGUGAAAACCCUAACCUAAGGGGACGAGAACUGAACGCCUAAUCUUUCACAAACAAUACCCCCAAUCCACUGAAAACAGAACCCCUAGCAAUCCCAAAUACAACCCUACAUCCUUCAACAAGAAACCACGCAAUUGAAAGAAUCCAACCAAGAAUCGAAUGAAAACACCAAUCUUACUUGCAUUAAAGAAGCAGGCCAGAGAUUGGCGUCAGGCACGACCACAACAUCAGGCUCGGCCAUAGGGACAUCAUCCCCCUUCUCUUCAGCUAUGUGUGCAAAACUCACAUGGAGGUCGAGCCUCUCCAAGGUAGUCCAAUGAGCGAUGCAAAUCUGGCCGGCAAAUGGCGGAAAUACGCACAGGCGUCGCACUCGUCGACAGGAAGACCACACACCACGAGUAGGGGAGUGUGGGGGGUCCUGGUUGUGUGCCAACGAUUUUCACAAAGGAAAUGAGAAGUGGAAGAGGAAAGGGGGAUUACUGCUUUGCUCUACUCUACUCUCGCUGCUCUAUCUCAAUAGUGGCGGAACUUGGCGAAUCCAAAAUUUCUCCAAUUGCUAUUUUCUGUUACGCUUUUCUUCCCUCUUUUGAUAUACUCUUUUGUUGCUUAAUUACUCUUUUGCCCCCAUCUGCUGCCGUGCUAAAGAAGAUUUUUUGGUUAACCGAGAAUGUAUUGGGAACCCCUCACAAGGGCAGUGCCUGCCCUUCAUCAGCCUUGGGAAGUCCGUUUUCACCUAAGGAACCUUAUAAUAGUGCAUUAGUUGUUCUAAUUAAUUCAGCAGAGAAAAUGGUGAGUAGUUAACUUACUAAAUUUCUAUUUAUUAAUUGAUGUACUAAUUGUUGUAUCAAGUAUUUUUUAAUGACAGCCUACACGCUGCGUGGAUUUUUGUUUUGUUUUUAGCCCUUUACUACCUGGCCCCUUUUUAAUUAUAAUUCAAAAACCUUUAGGGGUCGUGUGGAAGGUAGAAUUCUAAAUGAGUGAUUCUAUUAAUGUGUGUAUUCUUUACAAUCCAUUAUUCUUUUGACAUAAACUUGUAAAACAUACAUGUAUUAAAAUCAAACUUUAGAAUCUCAAAUGUUUACAAUCAUUCAUUUUAGAAUCUCUACAAAAAGAUGAGGUUCUCUCAAUUUACUUUUGUAAUUGAUUUUUUUGCACUCUUAUCUUUAUUCCUUUUUAAUAUAUUUCAUAUUUGUCCUUCUUUUAAUGAUUAUAUGAAAAAAUUAAAGUUAUAUAAGUAUUUUAGGUAAUUAAAGUGAGAAUCCUUAUAUUCUUCAAAAGUAAGAAUCACAACAAGCAAACAAUUUUUUUUUACAAUCACUACACUCAGAAUACAUAUAUUGCAAGAAUACAUGCACUCGUCGGCAGGAAGACCACACACCACGAGUAGGGGAGUGUGGGGGGUCCUAGAUGUCCGGCUUCGAUUUUCACAAAGGGAAUGAGAAGUGGAAGAGGAAAGGGGGAUUACUGCUUUGCUCUACUCUACUCUCGCUACUCUAUCUCAAUAGUGGUGGAACUCGGCGAAUCCAAAAUUUCUCCAGAUGCUAUUUUCUGUUACGCUUUUCUUCCCUCUUUUGAUAUACACUUUUGUUGCUCAAUUACUCUUUCGCUCUCAUCCCCUGCCGUGCUAAGGAAGAUUUUUUUGGUUAACCGAGAAUGUGUUGGGAACCCCUCAUAAGGGCAGUGUCUGUCCUUCAUCGGCUUUGGGGAGUUUGUUUUCACCUAAGGAACCUUAUAAUAGUGCAUUAGUUGUUCUAAUUAAUUCAGCAGAGAAAAUGAUGAGUAGUUAACUUACUAAACCUCUAUUUAUUAAUUGAUGUACUAAUUGUUGUAUCAAGUAUUUUUUUAAUAACAGCCUACACGCUGCGUUUAUUGUGGAUUUUUGUUUUGUUUUUAGCCCUUUACUACCUGUCCCCUUUUUAAUUCUAAUUCCAAAGCCUUUAGGGGUCGUGUGGAAGGUAGAAUUCUAAAUGAGUGAUUCUAUGAAUGUGUGUUUUCUUUCAAUUCAUUAUUCUUCUGACAUAAACUUGUCCAACAUACAUGUAUUAAAAUCAAACUUUAGAAUCUCAAAUGUUUACAAUCAUUCAUUUUAGAAUCUCUACAAAAAGGUGAGGUUCUCUCACUUUACUCUUGUAAUUGAUUUUUUUCACCUUAUCCUUAUUAUUUUUUUAUAUAUUUCAUAUUUGUCCCUCUUUUAAUGAUUAUAUAAAGAGAACUUUAAAGUUAUAUAAGUCUUUUAGGUAAUUAAAGUGAGAAUCCUUAUAUUCUUCAAAAGUAAGAAUCACAACUAGCAAACAACAUAUUUUUACAAUCAUCUAUUUCUUACAAUCACUACACUUAGAAUACAUAUAUUACAAGAAUACACGCAUUGUCCAGAACUUCAAUGUUAAUUCACACGCUGCAUUUUCUGUGGCAUUCUUUUUAGUUUUCCAGCUUUUAGUUUUCAGGUCUUCCUAUAUCACACUUUGGUCAGCAUUUGGAUUGCCUCAAAUUUCAACUUUUAAUGAAGAUAAAAGAAGCAAAGCAAUUGGAUCACCUCGAUUUUAAAUAUCAUUUUCUUUCUCAUACGCGAGAAUGCGUACGAUCAAUAACGGCUCUGAUUGAUUUCUGAUCAUGAAUACAUUUUUUCUCAAUUAAAUUUGAUGGAUUAUAUCUCUUCAAUUUAAUUCGAAAAUGAAACUUUUUAUUGAAAAAUCAUACUGAUCAUAACUUUCAAAUUCCAAUCAUUUUAAUAUGUUUGGAACAAAAAAAUGCAAUUAAUUAAUUAAUAUAUAAAAGUUUAACAUUGUAGUUACUAUUCAUUAGUGGCUCCCAAACUCCUACAAGUGAAAGUGGGAAAGUUUCAAGUUCUUUUUUUUACCUUAUUAUCUCAUUCUAUAACCUAUGUCAUGUGUUCAUCUAUUAUUCGUUGGGUCUACAUCUAUUAGCCAUUAAAUUUCCCAAAAUAGUUAUUGUCUACUUAAGUUUUCAUCUAUUGUUCACUAGCUUAUAACCCGGCUCGUUGGCCGGAAUAUUUAUAUUUGAUUAUUUAUAUUUUCAUGUUACGUUUAAUUUAUCAACCCGUUUAAUUUUAUUGACAAUCCUUCGAUCGAGAUACAUAAAGAAAGAAUAUGUAGAUAAAAUAUUUGGAGAAAUAUAAAAAUGUAUCAAUGAUCUCCUUUUCAAAAUGAUAAUUAAGUCUCUGGUAAAAUGCUAUUAGUUAGUUGAUUGUCAAGAAAGAUAGAGUAUAAAAGCUCACUUAAAUUCCCUCACUAAAUCUUAAACCUUGCAAUCCUACAUAAAGAUUCAAUGCUCUCAUUCUAGGAACAAUAUGACACUUAUCAAAAAGAAAUGAAGAGUUGUUGAUUCCAGUCAACUAUAUGCUAACAACUCAGCCAAGAGGGGACCAUCACAACUUGAGAGCAAACGCUAAAAUUAGGGUUACUUCCAAUACACUAAUAUAUUCGAUCAAAGUAAUAAGGAACAAAAGUAGACACUCCCUCUCUAUCAGUUCCAGUAGGUUUGAAUAAAUAAUUGACCAACCUACUUCAGUAAAUCAAUUGAUGAUUCCUCGUUUUAAUAUAGAAUUAGGUUGCGAUAGCUUGAAAAUCCAUUAACCUAAAGAUCCAAUAGCCACCCCUCUCCGUUGUACAAUAAAAAAUUUAUCCCCUUUAUCUUCAAUCUCAAUAGGCGUGUGUUUUAACCAAAAAUUCAAUUUUUAAUCCUCCUUCAGCACCUCCAUAUAUUGAACUCCAUUCUAUUCGUCAUGGAUUGAUAUCGGAGUUGAUUUUCAAAGGCGACCUUGUACUGUGAACUGAAAGGGGCGCAAACUAUUGCACAAUGGAGGGAAUUUCUGAGGAAGUUAGAAAGAGAUAAGAACAAAGAUAAAAAAAGUAUAAAUUUAAAUAUAAAUUGAAAAAUGUAAGGACAAAACACGUAGUAAUAGAAUUAGUUUAUUUCAUGUUGGCUAAUUACCAAUUCACCUUUAGCGAAAAUUAAGGAGAGAGUAGUGAUUUUAGAAUUGAGAAACUACAUGAAACUAUGCUAUUAAAAUUACAGUAUCAAGCACCAUAAAAUACAUACGGUAGACUUAGUGGGCUUGCUAAUCAUAUGAUGAAAAAGUCCUUUGAUUUUCAGAGUGUCACUUCGUGUAUGUUUUGUAUUAAAGAAAAUACAAAAAAUUUGUUUAGUGUAAUUGGUUGUGAUUGGUGUCUUUGUUUGAAAAGACCCAGGUUCAAAUCCUGAUAUUGACAUUUUUAUAUGGAAUAAAUAAUUAAUUGUACAGACAAAAAUGACCUUCCUACUUUCACUCUCGUUGGAGGAAAUUUUAAAAUAGAAAAAAAUAGACAAAACUCUACUAUAUAUUGUUGGAGGAUUGUUUUUCCUAUUGUAGCAAUUAUCAAUUAUGUUUUCGUCUAUGAUCUUUUACCCAAAUCAUCACCUUGGCCUAAAGUUCGUUGCUGAGAAAUAUGAUAAUGUUGGAUUGCUCUGAUGUUAAUAAUCACUUCAGUGCUUCAAACUCAUGCUUGAAUGUGUAUGAGCCUACUAUGGGGUGAUCACAGAAGUUUACGUCUUUCCAUAAUUAAAUUAAAAAAAUCAACUCUAAUAUUGCUAUCAACCAACUCAAAGAUCUUCCAACUUAGUGGGAAACAUCAAUCUUAGCUUGCUCUGUUGUCCUCUGUUCUGUGCGAAAUUGUCCAACAGAGGGAAGAAGAAGCUUAACCGGGCCGAAGUGGAGCCAUUUUGGUCUAUGAAAGUUCCGUGUUGUUGGGCUUCGGCCCUGUAAACAAGUUUCUUUAAAGUUAGCGGCCCAAGCCCGCCGGCAAGAAAAAGGAAAGGUCAGGUAGGAUACGAAGAGCAGGUAUGGCCCUAUGGCGCUUCUUCGUCUCCCUCAAACUCUUCCUUUCUGCUCCGCUCCGCUCCUGAAGGGUUUAGGGUUUUGGCUUUUUUCUCCCGAGUUCAAUGUUUCAUCGCACCGGCAUAUUAUGCCGUCGUGCCCGUUUCUACGCAAUCACCAUUAAUCCCGCCUCCACUUCCUCAUUCCAAUCCUCCUGCGCUAGUUCUCGGAACCUCAAUUCCUUUUCCUAUGUCCCACCGGGUAUCAGCUAUAUAUCCCGACUUCAGCUCGCCAAUUUCGUUAAUCGCUAUCCAAAGUUGGAUACUUCUUUCCUUCUGGUUGGGGAUGCCAAGUUCGCGAGAAAUUUCUGCUCAGGAACGGGCAGCGGCGGCGAUGGUAGUGGUGGUGUCUGGACAGAGGAGAUUGAGUAUUUGGAUGAGUCCGGCAGUUUAAUUUAUGCCGGGAAAGGAGUGAGGGCAGUGGAACCUGGAAUCGACGACCAUGUGAUGAUUGGUGGGCUGAAGAAGCCGAUCCUGAACGCUUCUGCAGUGGCGAAAAUUGUCGAGGUUGCGAAGAGGUGGAGAUGGGGUCCUGAAUUGGAAACCCAACUGGACAAUCUGCAGUUUGUGCCGACCAUGAUCCACGUCAUUCAAGCUAUGAAGCUCAUUGAUGAUCCUGGCGCCUUGUUGAGUUUGUUCAAAUGGGGUAAGAGGCAGCCGUGGUAUGUCCCCAGCGACGAGUGUUACGUCAUGUUGUUUGACGGGCUGAAUCGAAGCAGAGAUUUUGAUGCCAUUCAGUUGUUGUUUGAUGAGCUGGUUCAGGAUUCAAGUAAAGCUCAGGUUCCUUCUUCGUUUGGUGCGCACAAUAGGGUGAUCCAGCAUUUGGCUAAAGCUGAGAAGCUGGAGGUGUCAUUUUAUUGUUUCAAGAAAGUUCAGGAUUCGGGCUGUAAGAUUGAUACGCAGACCUAUAACGCGCUGAUAACUCUGUUCCUGAACAAGGGUCUGCCUUACAAGGCAUUUGAGAUAUAUGAGAGCAUGGAAGCAGCUAAUGCUUCUCUGGAUAGGUCAACCUAUGAGAUGAUGAUACCAAGCUUGGCAAAAUCAGGAAGGCUUGAUGCAGCUAAUCAGUUGUUUCAACAGAUGAAGGAAAGGAAAAUUCAACCGAGCUUUGGGAUUUUCUCAGCCCUCGUUGAUUCCAUGGGCAAAGCAGGGAGGUUGGAUACAUCCAUGAAAAUCUACAUGGAAAUGCAGGGUUUUGGACACGGGCCAUCUGCCACCAUGUUUGUUUCGUUGAUAGAAUCGUACGCCAAGUCAGGGAAGCUAGAUAGAGCUCUAAGGCUAUGGGAUGAGAUGAAGUUGACCGGUUUCAGGCCUAACUUCGGCUUGUAUACAUUGAUAAUCGAGUCCCAUGCAAAGUCGGGGAAGCUAGACAUUGCAAUGUCCAUUUUCAGCGACAUGGAAAAAGCUGGCUUUCUGCCAACCCCAUCAACAUAUUCCUGUCUUCUGGAGAUGCAUGCUGCUUCUGGACAAGUAGAUUCUUCCAUGAGGCUAUAUCACUCAAUGACUAGUGCAGGCCUUAGACCAGGUCUGAGCACCUACACUUCCCUUCUAACCCUUUUAGCCAAUAAAAAGCUCGUUGAUGUGGCAGCGAAAAUCUUAUUGGAAAUGAAAAGUAUGGGGUUCUCAGUUGAUGUUAGUGCCAGUGAUGUUCUAAUGGUGUACAUAAGGGAUGGUUCGGUUGAUCUUGCUCUGAGGUGGCUGCGUUUCAUGGGCUCUUCUGGGAUUAGAACAAAUAACUUCAUCAUCAGACAGCUCUUUGAGUCUUGUAUAAAGAAUGGUUUGUAUGAACAGGCCAAGCCACUGAUCGAGACUUACAUAAACUCUGCUGCUAAAGUGGAUCUAAUCCUCUACACUUCUAUACUAGCCCAUCUUGUUCGGUGCCAAGAUGAGCAUAAGGAGAGGCAUCUGAUGUCGAUCCUGGGCAGUACGAGGCACAGGGCCCACGAGUUCAUGUGCGGGCUUUUCACCGGCCCUGAACAGAGGAAACAGCCAGUGCUGUCCUUUGUCAGGGAGUUCUUCCAGGGAAUAGACUAUGAGUUGGAGGAAGGAGCGGCGAGGUACUUUGUGAAUGUCCUGCUUAAUUACUUGGUCCUGAUGGGACAGAUUAACAGAGCGAGAUGUGUCUGGAAAGUGGCGUAUGAGAACAAGCUGUUUCCAAAGGCCAUUGUGUUUGAUCAGCAUAUUGCUUGGUCACUGGAUGUGAGGAACCUCUCAGUGGGGGCUGCUCUGAUAGCAGUUGUGCACACGCUCCAUAGGUUCAGGAAGCGGAUGCUGUACUAUGGGGUGAUACCGCGACGCAUCAAAUUGGUGACUGGGCCAACCCUGAAGAUUGUGGUGGCUCAGAUGCUGAGUGGGUUGGAGUCGCCGUUUGAGGUGAGCAAGGUGGUGCUAAGAGCACCAGGGGAUGGGGUGAUGGAGUGGUUUAAGAAGCCCAUUGUGCAGCAGUUUCUGGUGAAUGAGAUUCCGUCGAGGGCUGACAUACUCAUGCACAAACUCAACAUACUAUUCCCUAGUUCUGCGCCUGAGAUCAGAUCACUCUCCCCUCCCAAACCACUUAUGUCCGUGGGUGCGAACAGGGCUAUGUAAAAAAGGUAAUGAGCAAGUUUAUUUAGGCUUUUUUUUCUGAAAGGAAGUGACUUGUUUGCUUUCUGAAAGGAACAGGGCUAUGUAAAGAAGACAUCUUCGUACAGUCUCACUGAGGAUCAUUAUGUGGAUGUUUGCUUGUACUCUGCUGGCGCAUAUGUUAUCAAAUCAUAGGGUGCUUGAAAAGAUUAGGCAAGCGUUUAAGCAUAUGCUAGGAUGAGGUCAGGAUUGCGGUUUGGUCUCCAUGGGACUCCAAGUUGGAAACAUUGUGUUGACAAGGUGGGGUGGAUAAGCCAGAAAGCCCAACUUAUUCAUCUAAUGGAACGGGAGACGACAGAGGGCUUAUGGGAACGUUACAGGUUGGAGAGAAGUUUAUUUCCCUAACUGGAUUCCCCAUGUGUGCUAUUCGAAGCUAGAGAAGAAUCAAGAGAGCACUUGUUCGUCGGCUGUGAAUUUUCAGAAGUUUUGUCCAGUCUGUUUGUUCAAAUGCUGACAGCACAGUUAUGUGUGGCUUGAAAAUCUGUCAGCUACGGGUGCCUUGGCAAAUAAGCUACUGCUAGAGGAAGAAUGUCCAGAAUUAUAUGGUGAUUGUUGGUCUCUACUUUGUGGAAAGAGCAUUGUUGUAGGGUACAUGGAGAAGCUCCGAGAAGUAGAGCAGAUCUCAUCAUUGCCAUCAGGGCUGAGAUAUGUCUGCUAGCUAUGGAUAGUGUAUUGCAGUGUAUUGUAGGGACCUCAGUACUUAAUUUAGAGGCUCUUUUUGCUGCUAUGCUGCUGCUUUCUGUUUUGGGGGGAGUAGUUUCAGCUUAUAUUAAUGUAGCAAGACUCUGUUUUUGCGGUUUGCUGUUACAGCAUUUAGAAAUUUGAGCUAAUAACAUUCAAUGAAUUCAUCGAAAAAGUUUGUUUUCGUUGUUGAAGCCUUGGAUGGGGCGAGUUAAAGAGCGUGCUUGAAAAUGGGAACACUUCUGUGUUGUUCAACUCUGCAAAUCUGUGUGAAAGAAGUCCAGCUGAGUUUGUGAUAAAUUCAUUUCGUUUGAAUGAAGCUGUGUGAAAUUUGAUCGGUUCCUUGUGGUUCCUCUUCAAGCAUAAUGCAAGUAGUAAGAUUUGUUUCCCCGGCAGCACGCGGCGACCCGGCAGCACAUAGGCCAAAAAUUCAGAGUAAUUGUGUUAUUUUAGGCCGUGGCUGAUCCAUUCGCGCAUCUUGUUGAAGCAAUGUAGGCUGGUAGAAAGUAAUUUUUAUAUUUUACUUAGCAAUUCAUGAUCAAGCAACGCAGAACAGUGCUGACCUGGUCUUGUCGAUUCGCGGCGGAAGCUGAUGGUUCCUCCGCUGCUGCUUUGCUGCCCACGUGCAUCCUCAGAUUGCGGCUCUUUGAUUCGUUCACGCUGGGUGAAAGAGUAGAUUGGUUUGUUUCUACUCUGAUAUGAUGCCCUUCCUUUGUACAUUUCGAAGAGGACUAAGGAAGGUAGUAUGCUGCUAGCCGUAAGCUUACAUGGAGGAGCAUUUCCUUGUGGCGACAAACACUAAGGACCCAUGGCGGAUCUUCUCAAGUCAAGUGAAGUAGAAUAUAUAUUGUUUGUUCAUAAAGGUGUCCAUUUUCC